CUUCAUCACAAACCUUCGAAAAUGCAGUUCAGCUCCCUCGUCGCCUGCCUUGUCAUGGGUCCCUUGGCUUUGGCCAUCCCAGCUGAGCUGUCUUCUGGGGAAAGUGCUCUUGCCCUCAGAGCUGCUGAGAACAUUGAACUCCCGAAUGACCUCCCCGAGGACUGGAAGACUGCUAUGGAGGCUUACUUCAAAGACACAGAUCUGGACCUUGAGAACAGAGAUCUCGACAAGCGAAGUGACGUGCCGUUCAUGCACUGUGGAUGGCGUCGCUUCUUUAGCUGCCUUGGUUCUGUGACCCCUGGCGGUGUCACCUGCAUGUGGGCGAUUGCUGCUCGCGGCCUCGAUGUGAAGGAAGACUCCAAAUGCUCAGCUGCUGUUGUAGCCACCAUUUUGUCAGCUUCAAACAACUGCAAGCUGUGUGUUAAUGGCCACCUUUGAGAAGAAAUUGCGAGGCUUUCACAUGGUAGUUUCCUUUCUUUAAUUGAACGUGGACUGCGUGUACAGGUGGGCAAGGAGCGUUGGACUUGCGAUUCCGGUGGUUUGGAGAUCAAGAUAUACUUCUCCGUCGAUUUGCUCGGCCCCUAUUUCUGACGUAGCAUGAAGACUUUGUUGCAACUUAACUCAACAU